AUGAAGCUCACGGGGAUCUCGCUUUCGACGCUGCUUGCUCUCGGGUCUAUCCCUGGCAGCGUGGCUGUACCUACCUCAGGUGAUGUGACAUUUGAAGACCUCUCACGACGUGCCCUCCCCAACGCCCCCGAUGAUUAUACUCCCAGCAACGUGACCUGCCCCUCCAGCAGGCCGACGAUUCGAAGCGCAUCCACGCUGUCGAAGAAUGAAACAGCAUGGCUGGAUGUGCGCCGUCAGCAGACCAUCUCUGCCAUGAAGGACUUCUUCGGGCACAUCAACAUGAGCGACUUCGAUGCUGUGUCGUACAUCACCAACCAUGCUUCCAAUGUGUCCAACCUGCCCAACAUCGGUAUCGCCGUGUCCGGUGGCGGCUACCGAGCCUUGACGAACGGCGCAGGUGCCAUCAAAGCCUUCGACAGCCGCACGGAGGGAUCGACCCGGAGCGGCCAACUGGGGGGUCUCCUGCAGUCCGCAACGUACCUAUCGGGCUUGUCCGGAGGCGGCUGGCUGCUGGGCUCGAUCUACAUCAACAACUUCACCACCAUCUCCAACCUACAAACCUACAAGGAAGGCGAAGUGUGGCAGUUUCAAAACUCGAUCAUCAAGGGGCCCAAGACCAAGGGCCUGCAGAUCUGGGAUACGGCGAAGUACUACGAGGAACUGGUCAAGGUGGUGGCCGGGAAACGCUCAGCCGGGUUCAACAUCUCCUUCACCGACUACUGGGGCCGCGCGCUCUCGUACCAACUCAUCAACGCCACCGACGGCGGACCGAGCUACACCUGGUCCUCCAUCGCGCUGACCCAAGAUUUCAAGGACGGCAAGAUGCCCCUGCCGCUCCUGGUCGCAGACGGACGCAACCCAGGCGAGACUCUGAUCGGCAGCAACUCCACCGUGUACGAGUUCAACCCCUGGGAAUUCGGCAGCUUCGAUCCGUCAAUCUUCGGCUUCGCGCCCCUCGAAUACCUGGGGACAUACUUUGAAGACGGGGAGGUGCCCUCCAACACCAGCUGCGUGCGCGGCUACGACAACGCCGGGUUCGUCAUGGGGACGUCGUCGAGCCUGUUCAACCAGUUCAUCCUGAAGCUGAACACGACCGACCUGCCCAGCACGCUCAAGAACAUCGCCGCGGACCUCCUCGCGGACCUAGGCGAGCGCAACGACGACAUCGCGAUCUACUCGCCCAACCCGUUCUACGGGUACCGCGACGCGUCGGCCGCGUACGAACAGACCCCGGACCUCAACGUCGUCGACGGCGGCGAGGACAAGCAGAACCUACCACUGCACCCGCUGAUCCAGCCGGAGCGGCACGUGGACGUGAUCUUCGCGGUGGACUCGUCCGCCAGCACGGCCAACAGCUGGCCCAACGGCAGCCCGCUGGUGGCGACGUACGAGCGCAGCCUCAACGCGAGCGGCAUCGGCAACGGCACGGGCUUCCCCAGCGUCCCCGACAAGAACACCUUCGUCAACCUCGGGCUCAACACCCGGCCCACCUUCUUCGGCUGCAACAGCUCCAACCUCACCGGCCCCGGCCCCGCGCCGCUCGUCGUCUACCUCCCCAACUAUCCCUACACCACCUACUCCAACAAGUCGACCUUCCAGCUCCAGUACGAGAUCGCCGAGCGCGACGCCAUGAUCACGAACGGCUAUAACGUCGUCACCGCGGGCAACGGCUCCCGGCCCGCGUACGCCGACUGGCCCACGUGUGCCGGCUGCGCGGUGCUGGCGCGCUCGUUCGACCGCACCGGCACGGACGUGCCGUCCGUCUGCGCCGCUUGCUUCGAGAAGUACUGCUGGGACGGCACGCGGAACAGCACCGAGCCCGCCGCGUACGAACCGAGUGUGCUGAUGGCGGACGCGAAGAAGUCCGGCGCCGGGGGCAGCUUCGUCGUGGCGGCGAGGUGGUUGUACAUAGUCCCUGUGGUUGCAGUGUGGGCUGGCCUGGUCUAA